AGGAGCAUAUCGGCCACGUGCUUAUACCCAAUCGCGACAAUAUCAGCAAAAUUCAAAUUCAACUUCUCGGAUACCCCACCAACACUAACACUGGCAACCUCUGAUAAUCCGUAUAUUCUGUAAUUGCGUGGAUAAUUCAAGAUGGUCAAAAUUGAAUACGUUCUCUUUGACAUGGAUGGCCUAAUGAUUGACUCUGAGAAGAUCUACACCGAUGUUACCAAUGCCAUCUUAGCGCCCUACGGCUGCGAGAUGACCUGGGAUAUCAAAGCUGGAUGUAUGGGUAAACCCGAAAGGGCAGCUGCUGAACAUCUCUUAUCACAUUUUCCCGGCAUCUCACUCACACUCGAAUCGUACCUCACACAACGGAACACCCUACAAGACGCUAUGUGGCCUACAGUUCCCCUCCUUCCCGGUGUUCGCAAGCUUGUUUUGCACCUCAAGAAACACAAGAUACCUAUGGCCGUCGCCACGGGAUCGAGACGGAGGAACUACGAACUCAAGACGGGUCACCUACAAGAGAUAUUUAGGUGCUUCGAUGGCCGCGUAGUAUGCGCGGACGAUGAAAGAUGGGUCAUGAAAGGGAAGCCUGAGCCUGAUAUCUUUUUGGUUGCUGCCAGGGAGAUGCUCCACCGAAAUGUAGGUGAAGCGAGGAGCGAGAUUUCCGAAACGCACGAGGCAGAACGUCGCAAAGGACUCGUGUUUGAAGACGGGCUGCCCGGGAUGCAAGCUGGGAAGCGGGCCGGGAUGAAUGUGAUAUGGAUACCUGAUGCCAAUCUCUUGGAUGUGGAAUAUGUCGGCGAGGAGAAGGCCGACGCAAUGCUCAAAUCGAUAGAAGAUUUCGUUCCGGAAGAAUGGGGAUUACCUCCUUACGACACCGAAGCGUAAACCUUGUACUUAACGCGCUAAAUGAAUCCCGAGAAUAUACAGCCAAGAUAGUA